AUGUCUGUGCCUGGCGCACCUGCUGACGAUGACCCGUCUGACACAGAGAGCCAUGUCUCCUUUGACGAAGACAAGUUACCUGACGGAACAUGUACUGAUUAUUCACGGAUUUUCCCUGGCCCGUGGAGCCUCGAGGACGAAAGAAGACUUCUAGAGCUGGGGUGGAAAGAGAGAUCGAACGUGGACAAGUUCUGGUGGAAACGCUUCGUACCGUAUUGGACAAGUCCAGCGUGGGACCCCAAUUUUGAAAUCACAGUUGACGGGACAAAGAUAAGAGCUGCUAGAGGCGAUGCGCGGGCGACCAUGCGGCCAGCAAUAUUACCGGCCGACGAGGGCAUGACCCGCACAAGCUACACUCGGCGAUGGGGAAUAAACCCAUCCGUGCCCAAAGGUUCAAUCGGGGAGUCGAGAUCGGGCUUGACACCAAUCACUGGCGGAACCACUACGUCGCUGGAUACUGUGGGCCCAGGGACUACUGAGGAGUGGACGCAAGGUUUUCAGUCUUUCUGGUUUGAGGGAUAUACGACUCAAGAGUUGAUCAAUUUGGGCGCAUACUCUCCAGAUCUCGAUGUCCCUGUAUCAGACCUGCCAAGAAGCGAUAUUCAUCGCUUAUUGUACCGAGACAAGUGGACGCAAGAGCCGCUGCCUCCCCAACAAAGAAACAAUUGGAAAGGGAAGUACAGUAAUUUCGAUCUAAGGUACGAUCUUGCUGGUACGGAACGUAAAUACGAUGUGAAGGACAACGAUCAACUAUGGGACGCCUUGCAACCCUCCAUAAAGCUGGCCUCAAGAGUUAUCAGGUCAAACCACCCUCACUGGAGGAUGCUCCUGGCUGCGAUCUAUCAUAUGCGCAAGGUACCACGAGAAAAGGAUGGGCGUACCGACGAACAGAAGCAACAACCUGAUUAUCGCGAAUACCGCUCGCUGUGGCCUGAUAUGGAUCGAAAUAAAAUGUACGCUUCCGCCAGGCGACUAUACGACCUCCGAUUUGAGGCUGCUAGAGCGACCCUGGGGAUCUUGACGCGAGGUGGAAAGUUGAGAUGGUCUAUCUUCGAAAGUAUUCCAGAGCUCAAUGGGAAAGCGAUAUGGGAACUGAACCAGGGCACAACCAACUUCUCAUAUCGUCUUUGUCUUAGUGUGAACCUCAUCUGGCCACUUCUUGUGGAUCAGUACACUGAGAGUGAGAAGAUCGGCUAUCGAGUCAAGAUAGCAAUGGUGAUCCUUCACGAACUCGCUCUGGGGUCAGCAUGCCUGCAAUUAAUCAUACGAACCUGGCUCAAUAUUCUCUCUGUCAAUGAGGACCUCAGGAACGAUACCCGUUCGGCGAUAGACGAAGUCGAGGGGCGGCCUAUCGCUGGAAUGAAGCGAGCCAGGGAAGAGCAGACGGGGAUUGUGUUAGCACUUCAGUACCUCGAUCGACAGGAACAGCUAGAGGCAAACAAAACUGGUGGUCUUCAGACAACAACAGAAGACGAUCAAGUAGAUGCCGAACUACUGGACGCAAUGGAUGACUCGGGAAUCGCAGACAUGCACGGACACCUGUUCACAGAGGAAGAACAAGGUCGACUCAAGCGGAGGCGUAUAAGCUGA